CACAAGUACUAUAUACUAGCACAUAUCACAGAACUAAAUGUAAAGACUUUGCCAUUUUAAGAACUACAUGAACAUGGAUGUCAAUUGGAAAAAAUAUCAGUCAAGACUUUGGUAACAGGGGUUGAGAAAGAAUGGAAGAAGAAAGGCUAAAGAGGGAUUAAAACUGGGCACACACACACACACACACACACACACACACACACACACACAAGGAGCCUGCAGGUUAUCCUGGACACCAGCCUUAAGCAGGAAACACCGCACAUUUCUCACAAGGCAAUACGACCUUAUUUCGCCCAAAGUCAGGUUUUGGAAGACUGAAGCUCUCUGAUAAGAUGAGUCUGUGAAGAGAAGUGUAAUGUCGCCGGUGGUGGACGAGACAGCCGGGGACCUCCCAGUGAGGGAUGUGGGACUGUUGAGAGGGGGACUGAUGCCAACUGUCCCAGAUACUCUACGGGAUGCCAAGCCAUGGAAAAAGCAUCAUGUCAUGAGGACAAGAGACCCUCAGCGCCUUUUUCGAUUCCCCAGAGAGCACCUGGAGGACCUGUGCCUCCGACUGCAGGAGGAGAACAGUGUGCUAAGACAACACACACGCACCCAGGACCAGAGGCUACGCAGGAUGUCUGCGAGGCUGAUGCGUCUUCGUCAGGCCAGUCCUGGUUCCAGUGGUGUUAAGGAGAGGGAUAUGGAAGACACAAUACAGGAGCUGGAAGCCCGAGUGGCAAUGCUGGAGAGCCAGAAAGGAGUCCUGCAGAACAAACUCAGCCUGGCCAAGCAACAGAUUAUGGACCUGGGAGCUCGCACACCAUACAAAUUCAGCAAAGGUAAAAAUCUGGAAGGGGAAGGUGGAGUAAGGAGGGCAGCCCAGACUGCACCACCUCGAUAUGGCCCCAUGCUGGAAGACACUAGGGCAGAGAUGGAGAGAUUCAGGUCUGCUGUGACUGAGCAGGUGAGAGUGGCAGAACUGGAACUAACUGCGCAGGCGCUCAGAGACUCACUGAGAGAGAAGGAGAAAGAGAUUGAGGGAACUGUUCGAGAGAUGAGAAAGCAACAGGCUGACAGACACCGAAUAACUAUCAGGGAGAAUGUGGAUAUAAUCCGUCUACAAAAGCAGCUUUCGGAAAAGGGUGCUGCCCUGAGAGUUACACAAGAGAAGUUCACAAACCUGAAAGAGGCUUAUGAGAAUCAGCUAGAAGAGACUCAGAGAUCGCUGAGAGAAAAUCAGGGAGCUCUGCUGGAGAAAGUGGAGGAGCUGACUGAGCAACUGAAACAGGAAAGACAAAGAGCUCUGGAGCUAGAGGGACAGCUUACCACCACGACCCUGUCUCUACAGACCCUCGACAAGCUGCAGGAGAGGAUGUCAGACCUGGAAGGAGAGAGGGAUCUGAUUAAAAAAAACUAUGACACUCUGCUAGAGAGUACUCUAUCUUCUCAAAGUAAUCAUGACCACCAGGCAGAAAAACAUAGAGAAGCGAUCCAGACAAAGCUGGAGGAAAAUAUCAGCAGGAUGGAGGAAAUGCUGCAAGCAGAGCAGGAAGAGAGAGGCAGGCUGGAACUGGAGAAGGAGAAACUGAGAGAAGAGAAGCAGAUACUGGAGGAGCAGAGGGAGCGAGAAAGAGAGCUUUGUUUGUCUAUGAGAGACAAACAGGAGCAACUGGAACAGGAGGCACUUCAGUACAGAGAGCAGGUCUCUGCUCUGCAGGACAGACUGGACUCUGUGACCAAGGAGUUUGAUAUGAGUGUUGAAGAGCUCAGUGAAACUCUUCUGCAGAUCAAGGCGUUUAGGAUGCAGCAGGAGAGCAAGGAGGGUUUGCGCUUCCUCGCAGCUGAUGGGAAGGUGGAAGAUUCACCCCGUGAGUUGGUGAAUAUCCAGGCAACGCAUGCUGAGACUGUGCUUGAGUUACAGAAAACCAGAAACCUUUUACUGCUGGAGCACCAAAUCACUAAAGACCUGCAGGAAGAGUUAAAUAUGAUCAGCCAGAAGGUGGAGAGAGAGCGAGAGGAGAGCAGGAGGAGGAUUGCAGAGAAAGACAAACUGCUAUCCAAAAGAGCUCUACAGAUCAACAGUUUACAAGCCCAGUUGAAAGAGUUGGCAUACAGCCCCAGAAAUUACAAACGGACCUUACCAAUACAAUACACUUGGCCAGCUGGAGAUCAGGAGGUCGUGCAGCCCAUUGAGGAUGACAUGACUUUCUCUCAGCUCAAGCCUGGGGAGUCACUAUUAGAGAUCCACCUGAAGGCUGCUACCUUCACCCCAGCAGGGCUGCGCAUCAUGGGGGGCAUCCAUCCAGGAGCCAAUAAAGGUGAAGACAUUGUGACCUUCUGCACAUACAGCCUGCUGGACUUUGAGAUGCACUCUACUCCUCUGGUGUCGGGAAGCCAACCCAACUAUGGCUUUACGUCACGCUACUGUCUGACAGUUCGAGAUCUGGGCAGGCUGGGAGGCCAGGGGUCAAGGGUCAGAGUGGAACUCCACCAGGCAUUAGGAGGAGUCCGGUUUGUGACCCAUGGAAGUGGACAAAUGUCUCUAAUGGGUGCCAUAGAGAGGAGAGGAGAGCGAAUCGGUGGACAUGUCAAUAUUACAGGACACGAGGGUGAAAUUGUUGGUGUUGUGGAUUUCUGGGUGCGCCUGUUCCCUCCGGCAGAGCCUGUGCCCACUCUGGCAGAGAGUGGAGCUGACUGGAAAGCAGUGAGACAGAGGAGUCCUGUGCAGAUCUCCCUUGGCUGGCAAGACAGCAGUCAUGAGCAGGUGUUGCAUGACUAUGGUGGAGGGAUCCCCAAUGAAUUGGUGGUAAUGUUGGAGCGCUGUGUUGGCCUCAGUGCUCGAUGGCCAGGACUACUUCCUGAUGCCUACCUGACAUACAGGUUCUAUGACCUGCCGCCACAUGUCUCCCAAAUUGUGAAGUGUACAGCCGAUCCAGCGUUCAAUGAUGCCACCAGCUACCCACUUGCAGUAACAACUGAUGUGCUACACUACCUCAGGUCGAGCAGUCUGUGGGUGUAUGUGUUUGAUGACAGUGAUGAUCAGAUACCACCAGCCUAUCUGGCCAAGACCCCAAUCCCACUGCGAGCCCUGGCUACAGGCAAAGAGAUCAGAGGGGAUUAUGUGCUGAGAGAUCCAGCUGGUGGACCUCGAGGCAUGGUCAGAGUAUUGAUGAAAUGGAAGUACCCCUUCCAGCCACCAGUGGAUGCUUUGCUGGGUCAACAGGGAAGCAGAGCAGGGAUGCAGGACAGAGUGCUGGAAAGCAGUGAAAGAGAGAACAGGAGAAGAGAGAAGGAUGAUGCAUCACAGAGACCCAUAGCUAAGCCCAGAGUGAAGACUCGGCAACCUGAGACUUUGCAUAAAGAGAUGAAAGCCUGGCCUCGGCCACCACCCACCAAAAAGAAAAGCUCCCAGGAAACCAUCUCUGUGAGGCCGCUGUCUACAGAAAGAAAGCAUUCUACUAAGAGGUCACCUGAACUUCACCGGAGGACGCCUCAUCUGAAACCUGAGCCAAGACUGACCACACCUUCCCAUUUGCCAACUACUAGGUAUUCAGAGAGGACAUCUUCCCGACAAUCACCCACCACCCCAUCAAGGAUCAGCUCUGCCAGCGAUGCCAGGACUCAGGACUUUUCCAUUGUGGAUCAAGUGUCAGUGUUUGAGGGUCAAGAGGAGGACAGGAGCAAGAGUGCUGCUGCAGAAGACAGUGAAGCCCCUGAAUCUUCAGGGUCAAGUUCCUCACAAAGCGACAUUAUCAUCAUACCACCAAAACAAAAAAUGAGGAAGGGAGAAAAACUUCGAGUAGAAAUUCUGUCCCUGACAUUUGAACCUUCCUCACACGUGGCGAUGGACGAGUCCGUGCAGCGAGUGUAUGUGGAAUAUCGGCUGCUGGGCAUCCCGAUGGAGACAACGGAAACACCCAUGUCCCUCCGCAAACCAACCGAGGGAGAGGAGAUUCACUACAACUUUACGCGAGUGAUUUAUGUGGAUGGUUCACAGUCGGCUCCACUUAGACAGUAUCUUUACACUGUGUUGGAGGGCACUGACCCCAACCAGGGCAGGUUGAGGUUCACAGUAGUCAGUGAGCCGAUGGACGAUGACGAGGAGUGUGUGGAUGUUGGGCAUGCUUUUCUGAACCUACAGGAACUGCUGCUCACGGGAAACGAUGUCAUCGAACAACAGAUCGACAUUGUGAGUGUGGAUGAAGACGAGGUGAUAGGACAUCUCAAAGUGUCUCUAGAAGCAGCUAAGGCUCUGACGGGGAUAUACCAGGAGUUUCACCAGGGGGACAAGACCAGGAAAGAUGAGCAGACAGAUGAAGAGGAGGAAGGGGAGGAUGAGAAGAAGGAAGAACAAAGCAAACAGAAGAAAAAAGAUCAGAUACAAGUGAUCGAUUACGAUGAUAACAGUGAUUUCUACUGAAAGUAAAAGCAUAUGAAACAGUUUGAAGCACAAAGAGGAGCCUUGCUUUUUCAUUUCCCAGUUUAAAGAUUAAGGCAAAGAAAUAAAGAGUCACUUUCAAAAAACGCAAAAGACUGUAUGAAGUUUAUGGAUUUUUUUUUUUUUU